GAUUGUGAAUGUCAACAAAACAAAAUAUAAUUGGGUUGGACCAUUCUAAAGAUGCCAAUAUUUGGUUCAAUAUUUUCUCCAAAGAAACCACCAAACCGUAAAAGACAUGUUGGUGCUUCUAAAGAAUCUUUGAGUGAUUUAUUAACUGAAGAGAAAAACGUCGUCUUAACUUUAGGAGAUCAAGAAUUGACUUUCAGAAAAGGUGAUUGGAUACCAGAAUCUGGGCAAAAUAGUAAUAGUUUCAAGUCCAAACAAAAGCUGAAGAAGAGAGUACAAGAGUUGGAAGAAGAAAAUAAUUUAUUGAGGCUCAAGUAUGAGAUGAUGUUGAACAUGUUAACAGAAGCUACAGCUGAAAGACAUAUCCAACAAAAAGGUUUUGACAAGCUAACAACUUGAAAAUCAAAAUAGUGAAUGAAAAUUGCUGGAAUUUUGAAGAAUUGUAUAAAGACAAGAUCCUUGAUAUUAUUUAAUUUGUUGAUGAUCGAGAUGUUGAUGAAAGUGGAAUAAAGUUGAUACUGAAGUAA